CACUUGUCAUGACGUGACCUCUGACCUCAACGACAUUCCAACAUGGCGACCCGCUGUGUUUGUGUGAGUUGUGCUCGUGUGAUGUUAUGAGGCUGUGUACCCCACCUGCCUCAAUGCCUUACGUCUGUGAUAUUACCUGUGUGAGCGACACCCUGACGAGUCUGUGUCGCCUAGUCAACCAUAAUGAAAGGAAAACUAGUAAGCCACGCCAAACUACAGUACUACCGACACAACUAUUGCCUCGUCUGUAUGACAGGCAUGCUGGGAUGCCGGUGGCAUCGAUACAAGCAGUCUACAAGAGAUAGUCGCAAGCGAGACCUGUUCUGGUUCAGCCUCUUCUGUCUGACAUUCCUCUACAUUAUCUUCUACUUCUACUUCUGGCUCAUCGUCAGAAACAGCUUCGAUGACCUCAACUGGCACAUGUUUGGACUCCUGCGGACAUGGGUUCCAUGGUACAGGAUCAUCCUGGGUCUCACCUGCGCCGUGUUUGCCUACUUCAUCAUAGUCAUGUGCCUGGUGCUGUGCCACGUCCUGCACGGCCACCAACUCUACAUCCACCCAGUCCACAUCGCUGUCAUCAUCUUCAGCCUGCUAGGCUGCGUCGCUGUCACAGUUGCCGUGGAAAUGAUGUGGCAGUCUGAAUGGACGCUAGUAUUACUCUCUCUUAGGGUGAGUUCCCCUCGUCACCUCCACUUUAGUUCCAGAUCUUUAUUACCCACGUGGUCAAUAUGUGGGAAGUUGCAUACUGAUCUUAUUUUACCCGAGAAUACCCUGAUGGCAUAUGACUUUGCCUACCAGGAUGGUGUGCGGGCAGUGCGGAGAAUUUUACCCGAGAAUACCCUGAUGGCAUAUGACUUUGCUUACCAGGAUGGCAUGUACGGCGUGGAGAGUGACGUGCAGCUCAGUUUGGACUGUGUGCCCUUCAUCCUCCAUGACAAGAGUUUGGAGAGGACAACAAAUAUUAAAGAAGUUUUCCCUGACCGGGUAAAUGAUGAUCCGCUGCCUUUCAACAUGUCAGAUCUGAAAAGGCUGGAUGCUGGCUCGUGGUUUUACAAUGAGGAGUCUGGACACCGCAACAACGCCAGUUCAGCCGUGAGACGGCUCCAGAGAUUGCUGCUAAGAGAGUCUUCAGGAAGAAAUCGAGGUGUUCUCCUGAACCCUACAGACGUCGCCAGAUAUGUGUCUUCAUCUCAAUCGGACUCUGACUAUCGAGAACCUGCGCUGAGGCACUCCUACAGAGGGGAAGCUACGGCCCAGAAACCCACCUUUCACGAAAACCUAGAGAAUUAUCUCAAGACUCCAGAAAGGAUACAUCGUAUCGCAUCGAUCGUCGCGCCUGGCCUGAAGCUCAUCAUACAGAUCAUCCCAUAG